AUGCUACUCUUGCCAUUCAUACUGUUACUGCUGCUUAGGUCAGUGUUUGCCCAAAGUAACUGGCCAGGGCUGUCUUCAGAUAAGGUGAUAGCCAUCAGAAGUCAAAGAGAUGUGGCAGCUAAUAUAACUAUAGAUCAACUUUCUCUUACUGGUGUGAGGUUAUCAAAAGUGUUAUUUGAUAGGGAAGGUUAUGUCAAUGAUACCUUGAUUGAUGUGAGGAAUUUGUUGAACGUUGGUGUUCAAACGUUGGUUAUUGAUGCUUAUUGGAAUGAGAAUUUGGCAACAUUUCAACUAUGCCCAGUCGAUAUGUCAAGUAACUCAACAACAUCCUCGUAUGGAAAUUCAGUCAUGUAUUAUGAAGAUACUCAACUUAGCUAUAAAUGUGAUUCCAUCUUAACCUUGAAAGGCUUGAUUGAUAUUGUUGAUAAUUUUGCUUCAAGUACGGAUACCAAUCUUUCAGCCAAUUUAAUAGUUUUGAUUUUUAACAUCCAUCAACUGAAAACGAGAAAUUCACAUAUUUCAAAUGACCCUAUUAGCACUAAUGAUACACUUUAUUCAACACUAACCAGAUCUUUGGGAAAUAAACUCUAUACUCCUUUGAACCUUGAUUCAGAUAGAGAAAAUAACAGGACACUACUAUCGAAUGAAGGCCCUGGUAAAGGAUUCCCAUCUUCACAAUACUUCCUAUUCAAUAAUGAAAGAAGAGUCAUAUCUACAAUAUGGCAAAAUAACCUACCAUCGAACUCAACUUAUAAUACCACUGCUGAUUUCAAUGUUAUAUUCACGCCAAAAUCAUUGAAUAGUUCAUUCACUUCAUUAACAAAUACAACCAUUCCACUCACCACCACUCAAUACAUUGCAAGAUCUAAUGAAAGUUGGCGUUUUGCUUAUGAUGAUCAACAACAACCAUUCACAAACACUUCAAUUAAACGACUAAUCAGUGAAGGUUAUUCACCAAUCUUAAACUCUCCAAUCUCUUCAAACUCGGAGAUUUCAAAUAUUUUCAGCAUGUCACUAUGGUCAUGGAACACCUCAGAGCCAUUACAACCAGAGCAAGCUAGACAAAUCUCUGCAGAUGGUGAUAAUACAAGAAAUACACAAUCAGCAUAUAAAUGUGCUGCACUAACACAGGAUGGCUGGGUUGUCUCAAAUUGUUAUCAAGACAAAUAUGUCGUUUGUCGUAAAAAUUCAAGAGCUUAUGAAUGGGAAAUUAGUGAUAGUAAAGGUGUUUAUUUCCAUGCAGAGGAUGCUUGUCCUGGUGAUACAGUUUUUAGCGUUCCAAGAACUGCGUUACAACAAACUUCAUUGAUAAAUUACUUGGGAAGGCUAGGAUCAAAUUAUUCAGUGUGGAUUGAUAUGAAUUCUAUUGCCAUUAGUGACUGUUGGGUUACUGGUGGUCCUUAUGCUAGCUGUCCUUACCAAAAAGUUUCAAGUUCAAGAAAUUUUGUUCAAAUGUUGGCACCGGCAGCUGCAUUUUGUGGGUUUAUAUUGUUUGGUAUUUUAUUAUUAAGACUAAAAAGAGUUCCUGUUCAAGAUAAUAGAAAACACUGGAAGAAGCUUUUGGCAAAUUACACAGAAAAUGAAUAUGAAGGUGUUCCAUCGUGA